AUGGCAAACUCCUUUGCAUCAAGGACUCUCACUGCCCUUUCAGAUCUGCAGCCAAAUAUGGCUAAUCUGAAAAUAAUCGGUAUCGUUAUUGGGAAAACAGAUGUCAGAGGAUUUCCAGACAGAAAAAAUAUUGGAUCAGAAAGAUACACUUUCAGCUUCACCAUUCGGGAUUCACCAGCACAUUUUGUAAAUGCAACUUCCUGGGGCAAUGAAGAUUACAUCAAGUCUCUUUCUGACAGCUUUAGGGUUGGUGAUUGUGUGAUAAUUGAAAAUCCUCUGAUCCAAAGAAAGGAUAUAGAAAGAGAGGAAAAGUUCAGCCCUGCAACUCCUAGCAACUGUAAACUAUUUCUCAGUGAGAAUCACUCAACAGUAAAAGUUUGUUCCAGUUAUGAAGUGGACACAAAGUUACUUUCUUUGAUACAUUUACCUGUUAAAGAGUCUCGUGAUUAUUAUUCAUUGGGUGACAUUGUUGCAAAUGGACACAGUCUUAAUGGGAGGAUUAUUAACGUGCUUGCAGCUGUGAAGUCGGUUGGAGAGCCAAAAUACUUUACAACUUCAGACCGGAGAAAAGGCCAGAGGUGUGAAGUUAGACUCUAUGAUGAAACAGAAUCUUCUUUUGCCAUGACAUGUUGGGAUAAUGAAUCCAUUCUGCUUGCCCAGUGCUGGAUGCCACGAGAAACAGUAAUAUUUGCCUCGGAUGUAAGAAUAAGUUUUGACAAAUUUCGAAACUGCAUGACAGCAACUGUAAUCUCAAAAACCAUUAUUACAACUAAUCCAGAUACACCAGAAGCUAACAUUCUGCUGAAUUUUAUAAGAGAAAAUAAAGAAACAAAUGCUCUGGAUGAUGAAAUUGACAGUUAUUUCAAAGAAUCCAUAAAUUUAAGUACAAUAGUUGAUGUCUAUACAGUUGAACAAUUAAAGGUAAAAGCUUUGAAGAAUGAAGGAAAAGCUGAUCCUUUCUAUGGCAUCCUUUAUGCCUACAUUUCUACACUGAACGUUGAUAAUGAAACUACAAAAGUGGUUCGAAAUAGAUGUUCCAGCUGUGGUUAUAUUGUAAAUGAAGCAUCUAACAUGUGCACAACUUGCAACAAAAACUCCUUGGACUUUAAAUCUGUCUUUGUCAGUUUUGAAAUGCUGAUCGAUCUGACUGAUCACACAGGUACCCUUCAUUCCUGUAGUCUCACAGGAAAUGUUGCUGAGAAGACUUUGGGCUGCACGUUUGUUGUAUCGCACAGAGCAAGGAGUGGAUUGAAAAUUAGUGUACUGUCAUGCAAGCUUGCAGAUCCCACUGAGGCGAGCCGAAGCUUGUCUGGAUAAAAACAUGUUUAAAAUAGUCUAUCAUUUUAAACUCUGGGAAAGUAUAGGAGUUUUAACUCCCUUUAAAAUGGAAUAAUAAUUUGAAAAUUAUGUUUUGUUUACAUGUGACUAACCUGUUUCUAGAAACUGUUAUGGUGGAUCUGGUCUGGGGCGAGUCUGAAGGCCUCUCAUCUGACCUUCUUUCCUAGAAGGCCUCCUACUGGCUUUGCCUUGUCUCCUCCCAAGUUGGAAAAUGUUUACAUGAAUUAAUAAACAUUUAGUCUUC